AUGAGCCUGACCGAGGGUUUCCCUGGAGACCUGACCUACAAUCAUUGUACUCUGGUUCCUGUAGCGCGAUAUGCUCUCUUUGCCGCUCUUGGCUGGCUGCACCGCCAUCACCAGCUCAUCGCUCAAGAGGCAACAUGCCAGUACUGCCGGAGUGGCUGGGCCGUGUUUCACAGCAUCAGGGACGGACCACGAUACAUGUCUGAGCAGUCAGUGCUAGCCUCAGAGGCUUCAAUAGCUACGCGCCAGAUUAGGGAGUUCAUGCCCUCGCCACGCCAGUACAUCUCGUCGCGUCUGCGCUUGGCCGAGCGGCGACAUCGCGCCCACAGCGGACACGCCAUGGGAGGAAGACGCUACGUAGAUCAGCCCUGA